AUGGCUACACUAGCAGAUAUUGGAGUAGCAGCAGCAAUAAACAUUCUAAGUGCAUUGAUAUUCCUUUUGCUGUUUGCAAUCUUGAGGAUCCAACCAUUCAAUGAUAGGGUUUAUUUCCCUAAAUGGUACUUAAAAGGUCUUAGAAGUAACCCGGUGACUUCGGGUGCCUUUGUGAGCAAGAUUGUGAAUUUCGAUUUUCGUUCAUACAUACGGUUCUUGAAUUGGAUUCCCGGGGCACUAAAGAUGCCAGAGCCUGAACUUAUUGAUCAUGCUGGUUUGGAUUCUGCUGUUUACUUGAGGAUUUACUUGAUUGGACUUAAGAUCUUUGUUCCGAUCGCAUUACUUUCAUGGUCAAUUCUGGUACCUGUCAAUUGGACAAGUGAUGGAUUGCAGCUAGCAAAAAUUCGUAAUGUAACAUCGAGCAAUAUCGAUAAGCUUUCGAUUUCAAAUGUCGAACGUGGAUCAGACAGGUUUUGGGCGCAUCUUGUGAUGGAAUACGCAUUCACAUUCUGGACUUGCUAUGUUCUAAUGAAGGAAUAUGAGAAAAUAGCUGCAAUGCGAUUAGCAUUUCUCCAAUCCGAGAAGCGACGUGCUGAUCAAUUCACCGUUCUUGUUAGGAACGUACCACCGGACUCAUACGAGUCAAUUAGUGAAAACGUGGAGCAUUUCUUUAUGGUUAACCAUCCAGACCAUUAUCUUACGAAUCAGGUGGUUUACAAUGCAAAUGAAUUGGCUGGCUUAGUAGCUGAGAAGAAGAAAAUGCAGAAUUGGUUUGAUUACUACCAUUUGAAGUAUACAAGAAACAAGGAACAAAGACCGAGGGUAAAGUUGGGAUUUCUCGGGAUAUGGGGAAAGAAAGUAGAUGCCAUGGAUCAUUACACAGCUGAGAUCGAGAAACUAAGCGAGCAAAUAAUGGAAGAAAGGAAGAGAGUAAAGAAAGAUGAAAAAGGUGUAAUGCCAGCAGCUUUUGUCUCUUUUAAAACGCGUUGGGGAGCUGCGGUUUGCGCACAGACGCAACAGACAAAGAACCCGACCGAAUGGUUAACCGAAUGGGCUCCCGAGGCAAGAGAAGUGUAUUGGCCAAAUCUAGCCAUGCCUUACGUAUCUCUCACGGUAAGGAGACUUGUAAUGCACGUCGCCUUCUUCUUCCUCACUUUCUUCUUCAUCAUCCCAAUCGCAUUUGUGCAAUCUCUAGCGAGCAUUGAAGGUAUUCAGAAAACAGCUCCGUUCUUGAAUACCAUCAUCGAAAAGAAGUUUAUCAAAUCGCUGAUCCAAGGUUUUCUUCCCGGUAUUGUUCUGAAGAUCUUCUUGAUAUUUCUGCCAACAAUCUUGAUGAUCAUGUCGAAAUUCGAAGGGUUUGUUUCGAUAUCAUCGUUAGAGAGAAGAGCGGCUUUCCGAUAUUAUAUAUUCAACCUCGUGAAUGUUUUCCUCGGUAGCAUCAUCACAGGAUCUGCAUUUGAACAGCUCGAUUCUUUCCUCAAACAAUCAGCGGAUCAGAUCCCUAAGACGGUUGGAGUAGCGAUACCGAUAAAAGCAACGUUUUUCAUAACGUAUAUAAUGGUGGAUGGUUGGGCUGGUGUGGCUGGAGAGAUUCUUAGGCUGAAACCGUUUAUCAUUUUCCAUUUGAAGAAUUUCUUCUUGGUGAAAACUGAAAAGGAUAGAGAAGAAGCUAUGGAUCCUGGACAGAUUGAUUUCUAUGCAACAGAGCCUAGGAUUCAACUCUACUUCCUCCUCGGCCUUGUCUAUGCUCCGGUCACUCCUGUUCUACUUCCUUUCAUCAUCUUCUUCUUCGGUUUCGCUUACCUUAUCUUUCGCCAUCAGAUCAUAAAUGUGUACAAUCAGGAGUAUGAGAGUGCGGCUGCGUACUGGCCAGACGUUCAUGGACGUAUAAUAUCGGCAUUGAUCAUCUCGCAGAUCCUUUUGAUUGGAUUAAUGAGCUCGAAAGGAAAAGCUCAGUCCACGCCUUUCCUCGUCGUUCUACCGAUUCUAACCAUUGGUUUUCACCGGUUUUGCAAAGGCCGGUAUGAAUCGGCAUUCGUCAUUAACCCUUUGCAGGAAGCUAUGAUCAAGGAUACAUUGGAACGAGCAAAAGAACCGAACUUGAAUUUGAAAGUGUUUCUUCAAAACGCAUACAUUCAUCCGGUUUUCAAAGACGAAGAAUAUGAGGAUGACCGGUUCGAGGAAUCAACCGAGGAUUCGGAUAAUGAAAAUUGUGUAGUUGUACAGACCAAACGUCGGUCACGGAGAACCACCGAGGCGAGCAACAAUGCUAUUGGUGGCUCGCCUUCUAAUCGACCAGAUACGGGUAAGGGAAAACCGGAGCCUUAA